CGGCAUACCUGCGGGCCCUGACUACCGGUUUGAAUACCUACCCAGUGCCACUACUCUGUUUCGGUUCUCCGCCCUAACUUUCAAUGGGCAUUUCAUCCAUCUGGACCGUGAGUACGCCGCGACGGAGGGAUACCCUGGUGAGCUCGGAGCACAGCAUCCGUGCCCUGGACAGUACUGACCUGGUCGAAGAGCGACUCGUACACGGGCCACUUACUGCGCUCAUGCUCCUUGAAGCAUUCUCGAUGCACUAUCCCUCUACUCCAGUCAAAUCCUUCGAGUACCGCGCCGUGAACCCGCUCGUAGUGAAUCGAAGAGUCGCAAUAUGUGGCAAAGAGCACAAGGGCAGUGGUGUGGUGCAGGUUUGGGCGGAGGAUGCUGAGACAAAGGCAGUAGGCAUGCUUGGCCGGAUCCAGUUGUAGUGUGUGAGC